GCACCCCAGCGCAAGGCUCCCAAACACCAACAAACUAAAGAGACGCAGCAAUCCACUCCCGCAGCACAGUCAGCGAGCAGCAGUGACAUCCAAUUUAACGGAAAAAAGAAAAAGAAAAGCGAGGCGCCAUCUCCAGUUUUUUUUUUCUUUUCUCCCUUUGUCUGUUCCUCCCUUUGUUGCAGCAGCAUCGCAUCAACAAACAUAACUGCAACCUCAUCCUCUCUUCUCUAGAUGCGCCUCUGAUUUCUGCUACCUACGCAGUAGCAACGGCAACAGCAGCAUCCAGCUCGCACGCAGCGCAACAGUACCUUUCGGCAGACAACCAUUGACUGACUGCUUCGACCCCGAUCGAAUCCACUGCUACACUACUCGUGCAGAGUGUUGACCGACGAAGCUAUAUUGCCCAAGCUUGUUGUUGUGCUAGCCGCUCAGAGCUCCCCUUCUACACAAUGGAAAACCUCCUUUCCAUGGCCUUUGACAACCUCUCGUCCUACGACGGCCCCAAAGUCCGCAAGGGCCUGCGGCAAGUUGAGGGCCUGUUGGCGCAGAUUUGCCUGUCCAACAGCAGAGACCACGGCCCAGCAGAAGGCCCCGAUGAGGAUGGCGAUAUGCCCAUGUCGCCGCCCCGAAAGGACCUCGGCCAGCUUUCCAAGGAUCUUGCGUUUCGCGAGUUCUUUAAGCUGCAGGACGGCUUUGAGUGGAAUGUUGGCAUGCGCCUGAUUGGCACGUUGGACCGUCUGCUGGCCCAGGGCAGCGAUGGGCAAAACGAUUUGCUCAUCCUGAGUGCAUUGGACUUGAUCCAGGGCACAUUGCUGCUGCAUCCACCUAGCAAGUCUCUCUUUUCUCGAGAGCAAAACAUGAACCUCCUGCUUGACCUCCUCGAACCCAUCAACUGUCCCGCCAUCCAGUCCGCCACCCUCCUGACGCUGGUCGUCGCCCUCAUCGAUACCCCAAAGAAUACCCGCACCUUUGAAGGCUUGGAUGGUCUCCUCACUGUUACCUCGCUCUUCAAGUCACGCGCUACGUCCCGCGAGGUCAAGCUCAAGCUUGUCGAGUUUCUCUACUUUUACUUGAUGCCCGAGUCGCCGUCCCUGCCUCAUGCCACACAGCAUGAUUCGGUGCCAGCUAUGUUGCAGCGCAGCCCUAGCAAGUUGGCUGGUGCUUUUGGCGCAGACGCUAAGCGCCGCGGCAGCACGGACGACAGAGGCACUCUGACAACAGCCGACAAGCAAAAGUUGCUUAGUAGGCAUCUCAGCAGCGUGGAGGAUCUUGUACGAGACCUCCGAACAUGCGCUCCCUUUGGCGGUGUGGUAUGCUGAUGAAGCAAGUGAUACCUUUUGAUUUUUCUAUUUUUGUUUGAUAUUUCCUUUGUUGAUUGAUUGGUCUUUUCUUGUUUCUAUUUUUUGACUGCCAUUACCGAGGCACGGCGUUUAUAAGCGUUUUGCUAUUUAUUUUCCUGUACAACAACACAGCGGAGGAAGAAUGUAGAUUGCCACGACUAGGAUACGCGAAGCAGCAGCUGCAUGACAAUUUGCAUGUUCGCAGUUUGUAAGAUUACCACGGCCAUAAUAAUAUGAAUGAAGUUUACCAGACUUGACUUGACUGAUACCACAAUUCUACAUUGCACAAGCACAAAAGAGAACAAGAGUAAUUAUGUAAAAUAGUUCAUUUAUUACUCAUUAAAUCUAUGCGUCACAAUUCUCUACUUUUAUUUCACCAGGUGUUUGCAGUCAAUCGGAAACUGCUUACGAGCGGGUGACACCACGCUCAGCGCAGUACUUGUCAACCUCCUUGCGGAGAGUCUCGCGCUGGCGGAGAGCAGCCUCCAUGACGUCCUCAGCAACCUUGCCGAGACCCUUGCCGUCGAUAUCGCCAGUCUUGUUGACCUCGACCAUCUCUUCGAGGACAGCAAUGAGCUGGUUAGGCAACCAUGUGACAAUGGGGCUGCCACCAGUGGCGGUGGGGUGAGAAGUGCGCUUGAGAAUGUACUCGCGGGCAAAGCACCAGUGGCGCCAGCGGAAGUCGCGGACCUGGUCGAGGAUCUGGAGCCACAAGCUGCGGGAGGUGCGGAGAAGAUCGGCCUCCUCAUCAGAUGUAGCCUUGCCCUUGAGGUCAAGAGCGUACUCCUUGAGAUCGAGCUCCAGCGAGCGGUCCUUGGCAAAAGACAGGAAAGCCUUGUGGUUGCUGGGACGGUACUUGCGGAAGUCCUGCAGGAUAUCAGUAAGAGGGGUAUCGGGCAUGGGCACCUGGAGGAAGUUGUCCAUCAGAGGCACCAUGGAGUCGUUGGCACCGCUCUCGCCACGGAAGGACAUGGGCUUGCCGUCGUUGAGACCCUCGUAGACGACGCCGUUGGGGAACAUGCUCUGGGAAGUAAUGCCAAAGAUGAAGGUGCGGAAGCUGGUGUACUCGGUAGGGCGAGACUUGCCCCACAUGGUCUCCAUGACGGCGUUGAUCUUCUUCAUGGCACCCAGAAUAGACUCGAGGCCCUCGUUGAACUCGGCGCGGAUCUCGGUGGCGCCAAGCGACGAGCCGACCUUGGACGCGGACUCGAAGCACUUCAUGACGCCAGAGACAAGGGGGCCCGAGUUCUGCACCAUGUCGAUGUGGACAAGCACGAAGCCGGCCUCGGAUGACUCGGGGUGCAGGCCGUGCUCAAAGGCGCGGAUCAGGCGCAGGUUGUCGUACUCGAGGCCCUUGGCAGGGUCGACGAGGUGGUAGUUGUACAGGGCGUACGAGCCGGCGUACUCCAUGAAGGGGAGGAAGCCGGAGAUUUCGGCGCAGCGGGCAAUGGGGCGGGCAAUGUUGGCGGGCAGGGUCUGGCGACCGAGGCCGUACUCUUCGCCGCGGAGGAAGCGCUCGUGGCAGGGCUCAAGGAGGUAGGCAGAAGCGAGGAAGGAGUAGUCGCGGUAGAGCGCGGUCAUGAUGGGCAGGUUGUCCUUGUAGAGGUCCAUGGCGUCGGUGAGGUCGGGGAAGACAGAGUCGACCUCGGGGCCGAGCUGGUUCUUGGCCAGCAGGCCGGGCUCGCCGGAUAGGGUCUUGACGGGCAUGCGCUGGAGGAUGGACUCGAGGGCGUCAAACUCCUUGGGGAGCGUCUUGACGGGCUCGAUGCGGGGAAGGAAGCCGCGGUCGGAGGAGACCAUGAAGGGGGGGAGGGUGGUGUCAUCGGGACGGCAGUCGUCGAGGACCUGGAAGGUGGAAGCUCCGACAGAACCCAUUGUGAAGAAAUGUGUGUGUAAUGUGUAUGUGUGAGAAGGGGAGAUGUGAGAGAGGUUGUGUGCGCGUAGUGUACGUGUAGGUACUAGCGUGUAAGUGUGAGUGAGGGAAGGGUAAGGGUAGAUGUGUAAGUGUGUAAGAGGGUAUAUGUGUAUAAGGAAAAUAGAGAUCAGAGAUAGA